CCUUUUGUGCAUUCACUCCUAGCUACUGUCAAAAUGAAAUAACAAAAUAGGCCAGCAAACGCUCCUGGAAAGUGCCCGGCGCUUGGACAGCCUGCAUCUCGCGGACCAUGGACCCGCCCGGUGGUGGAUUCAUACGCCCGGGCACGCAGUCGGGCUCUGCCUUCGGUCUAAAGUUCGACCGGCCUCCGCCACAGCAACCGAGUUGGCGCGACUCGCGCGGGGGCCGCUCGGGAGGUGGUGGGCCCGCCAGCACCAGCGGUCGCCGCUCCGCGGCGGACGUCUUCGGCGCGGGAGGCCGGGGCCGCGGCCGGGGCCGGGGCCAGGACCGGGGGUCCCAGGGUCAGGACAGAGGCACCGCCUCUGCGCCCGCCUCAGAUGAGGAUGACGAUGCAGAGUGGGGGCCGGGUCAGGGCCCGCGCGGCCCCGACCUGCCCCCCAUGAACCCCACCUACCGCUACGGCGACCCCUCCCUCCCCGUCAGCAAGUACCGGCGACAGAUCUUGUGGCUGGUGGAGAACCACGCCGUCACCAUCAUUGUGGGGGAGACCGGCAGCGGCAAAACCACGCAGGUUCCCCAAUUCCUUCUGGAGGCGGGGUGGGCGGAGAGCGGCUACGCCAUCGCCUGCACGCAGCCGCGGCGGGUGGCGGCGAGUACAGUGGCGGCGCGGGUGGCGGAGGAGAUGGGCGUGGAGCUGGGCACGGCGGUUGGGUACGCGGUGCGCUUCGACAACGCCAUCUCGGAGCGCACGCGCAUCAAGUACCUGACUGACGGCGUGCUGCUGCGCGAGAUGAUGGACGACCCCCUGCUCACACAGUACAGUGUAAUCAUGGUGGAUGAGGCGCACGAACGCAGCCUGGCCACUGACAUGCUGCUGGGGCUGCUCAAGAAGGUCCUGAAGCGCCGCCCCGACCUCCGCCUAAUCAUCUCAUCCGCCACACUGGAAGCGGGCAAGCUACGUGACUUCUUCGACACGUCCACCUCCGCAAGCACCGCACGGCGGCGGGCGGCGCUGGCGGCGGCGGCGGCGGCGGCCGGCGCGGGCGUGGGCGGCGUGGGGUGCUCGGAGCCCGACCGCACGCCGGCGGUGGUGACGGUGGAGGGGCGCACACACCCGGUGCAGGUUCACUACCUGCAGCAGCCCGCUGCCGACUACGUGGCUGCGGCGGUGUCGGCGGCUGUGGACAUCCACUGCGAGGACCUGCCGGGAGACAUCCUCAUAUUCCUGACGGGGCAGGAGGAGGUGCAGGCGGCAGUAGCGCAGCUGGAGGAGCAGUCGCGGCGGCUGGCUGGCGGGCGGGUCAGCUACAGCCUGAGGAUGAUGCCACUGCCGCUGUACGCAGGCCUGCCGGGCGCGGCUCAGUCCGCGGUGUUCCGGCCCGCGCCCCGCGGCGUGCGCAAAGUAGUUGCGGCCACCAACAUCGCCGAGACCAGCCUUACGCUGGAGGGUGUGGUGUACGUGGUGGACUGCUGCUUCGUCAAGCAGCGCGCCUACAACCCCCUGACCGGCCUGGAGUCGCUGCUGGUGGCGCCGCUGUCGCAGGCCAGUGCGGCGCAGCGGGCGGGUCGCGCGGGCCGUGUGCGUGCAGGCCACUGCUUCCGCCUGUGCAGGGAGGAGGACUUUGCGCAGCUGCCCAAGGUGACGGUGCCUGAGAUGCAGCGGAGCAACCUAGUCAGCAUGGUGCUGCAGCUCAAGUCACUGGGUAUUGACAACGUGAUGCGGUUCGAGUGGCUGGCGCCGCCACCCGCAGAGGCCAUGGUCCGGGCGCUUGAGGAGCUGCACGCGCUGCGGGUGCUGGACGACGACGUCCGGGCGCUUGAGGAGCUGCACGCGCUGCGGGUGCUGGACGACGACGCCCGGCUGACUAAGGAUGUGGGCCUGGCUCUGGCGGCGCUGCCGCUGGAGCCCAGCCUGGGGGCGGCGCUGUUGGCGGCGCGGCGGCUGGGGUGUGUGGAGGAGCUGCUCACGGUGGCGGCGCUGAUGAGCGUGCCGCACGUGUGGGCGCCGGCGGCGGGCGCGCUGCGGGCUGCGGACGAGGCCAAGGCCAAGUUCGCGGCGGCUGAGGGCGACGGCGUCACCAUGUUGAACGUGCACCGGGCGUGGCGCAGCAGCGGCCGCUCAAGUGCCUGGGCUGGCCGCCACUUCCUGAACGCCUCCUCCCUGUACCGGGCGGACGAGGCGCGGGAUCAGCUGCUGGGGCUGCUGCGGCGGCACGGCCUGCUGGACGCCAACACGCCGCCGCCCAGCUGCGGGGCAGACAUGGAGCCGGUGUGUCGUGCCCUGGCGGCGGGGCAGUUCAUGUGUGCGGCGGUGUACGAGGGCACGCAGUACAACCCCCUGGCGGCGGAGAGUGACCCGGGCGUGCACGUGUACCGCCUGGUGCGGUACACGGCCCACAAGACCGCCCCGCUCAAGCUGCGCAUCCACAACAGCUCCGUGCUGUGGCGCAGCGCGCCGCCCUGCGUGGUGUACCGCUCCGUGCAGCAGGCCGACAGCGGCUGGUACGAGAUGCAGGGUCUGACGGCUGUGCAGCCGGACUGGCUUGUGGAGCUAGCACCGCACAUGUUUCACCGACCCAAAUAGAGGCAGCAUGCGGAGGUGUGUGUGCGCGGGUGCGGGCGGAAGGGAGUGGGGAUUGUGGUGGCAACGGCGUGCGGUUGAGAAACGCCGUCGACGGGGCCUGCCUGUGGGCGAGUCAGUGUGCGGAAGGGGUGCUGAUGGGAAGAAGAACACCUGCUUGAAGGUUACACCAGCCGGACUGGCCGCAGCAAGUCGAACUGUACAACGCAACCUGAUAUCUUGACACGCAGUGUACUUGUCAUAUAGCUAGUUUACAUAUUGCGUCGUUGGGCAGGCGAUGUGCUUGAGAUUAACCGGCUGACCGAGCAGCGUUAAGGGUUUGGGCCUCGGGGGGUCUGGAGCGCGGUAGACCACACGCGGCCAAGUUCUUGAUGCGAAACCCGUCUGAACGCCGUGUCAUUGCGAGUUCUUUGCGGACAACAUCAUAUGAUUUUAUGCAAUGCUUUUAAGAAGCUGAGGCUGUAGCCUGUAGUGCUGGUUUCGCAAUGCGGGUUGACAUCGCACGACUCCACGUCUGGCGCGAGUGCAAGUGUUGGGAAGCCGGGGUGUGCGCGGGCGCGCCAAUUCCCUCUGGAUUUAGGAUGCGCUAUCGCUUGCUAUUUAAGAGUUCAAUAUCC